UGGUGUGACGUCAGCGCGGAGUAAUGAGUUGAUACAUUGUAUCAGUCAGAGGUGACAGCAAUGCACGGGCUGCGGUUGACAGCUUUCCGUCAGUGACGUCAUUGGGGUGGACGCUCUGCCGGUGCUGACGUCAUGGACCAGGCCUUACGGGAGUUCGCAGCCCAUCUCGGGGUGUGUGAGGAGGCCCCGGGCUCUCAGCUGGCCGGGAACGAUUGGGAUUUCCUGGAUAUCGAUAUGGAGGAUAUCGAUCUGCGAUCUCUGCCGACAUCCGUCAUCUGCUGCAACCUGGAUGUCGGGGUGUUCUAUGACAGCCGCUGCAGGACCAAGUUCGAGUCUCUCUUCAGGGCAUACGAUAAAGACGCCACCUUCCAGUACUUUAAGAGUUUCAAGAGGGUGAGGAUCAACUUCAGUAACCCGCUGUCGGCCGCCGAGGCCAGAAUCCAGCUGCACAAGACAGAAUUCCUGGGGAAGGAGAUCAAGCUGUACUUCGCACAGACCUUGCACAUAGGAAGUUCACACCUUGCACCACCAAACCCUGAGAAACAGUUCCUCAUCUCCCCUCCAUCCUCCCCUCCUGUGGGCUGGAAACAGGCAGAAGACGCCACCCCGGUUAUCAACUACGAUCUUCUAUACGCCAUCUCUAAACUGGGUCCAGGAGAGCAGUAUGAACUACACGCUGCCACAGACACCACCCCCAGCGUGGUUGUGCACGUCUGCGAAAGCGAUCCCGAAAACGAACUAGAGGUGGAAGAAGACGAGGACGGCAUGAGCAAACCCAAACCAAAAAUGAUCCAAACAAGGAGGCCAGACUACAUGCCCAUCCACCUGAGCUGAAGAGGAGGACAGACGCGUUUCGAGGACAAACGCCAAUUUCACUCCAUGAAUUUUUUUUCUCCAUACCUGAGGACGACAGAACUCAGCGUGUACCGCAGUGGUGGGAGAGGCUGAAUUUAUACACAACGCGGCUCUUCCAAACCGGUGUGUUUUUUGGCUUGUUUUAUUAUUUAGCCGGCCAGGCAGCACCCUUGGGUUUCGGAGAGUCCAUUGGGCCCUAUACAUUGACUGAUAGAGGGGAGAUCCAAUGCCGGUUUCAAGGCCUCUUUGGGUUUUUUUUUCUUUUCUUGCUUUUCCGAAGACAUUUAUGUCAUGGAACGGCGGGGGCUGGCUGUUUUGCGGCCUGUCGCGGGCAGAGGCGCAGGUGGCUUUACUAUUAACCUACCUUUGUACAUAGUUGCUGGUAUGCGUUCAGCUGUCCAUUGCAAGCUGGGAGGAAGAGUACUACAUCAUUUUUCCAUUUUUUAUUAUUAUUAUUUUGCAUGUGAACUCGAUGCUGACACUUUUUCUAUCAUAGAAUAUGCUUAGAAUUUUUGUGUUUUCCCGGUCACCGGACUGUGUGAUUGCAACUGCGGAAAAAAAACAGGAUGAAUUUUUUUGGGUGACAUUUUUGCAGCAAAAAAUUUGGACUUUCUACCUUACUGGUUCAUUAGCUAUUGAUCGUACGUACAGUCCGAUAUUCGGCAAUGUCAGUGACUUUACCUUUGCAGUCUAAUAGCUUUUUAUGAAUUCAUCUUGAAUGUGUACGCUGUCCGUGUGAUCCUGGGAAGACCGUGAGAUAAAGUAUGCAAUACCUUA